AUCAGCUGAACAUUUUGUUUUGUCGCUCGCGCAUUUUCCACAUAGCUAAAAGCAGUUUACCACGGGCAGAGGAGUCCCAGCACCGUGGAGAGUCUCCUCUGAAGAUUUAAAUGGGCGAAAGGACUCAACGAGGGACGACAGAUUCAGAAAGACAAAGAAUGUGAAGAGGAUAAAACGAUGUGCUCCACGGAAAACAGUGCGGAGCUACAACGGACAUCCUCAGACUCAGCUCUCAUCCUGGAGCUGAAGACCAGGAGACCACCGUCCCUGGAGGGCCGAGCGGGAUGUGAGACGUGGAGCGUGGACUUCUCCCCGGAUGGAGCUUGGUUCGCCUGGUCGAUGGGACACGGGAUGGUGUGGGUGGUCGCCUGGCCUCUGGACUCCGAAGACAGUCAGAAUAGUGACAUAGACCGAGGCGAUAAGAGCUUCAGUUGUGGUCACCCUGUGUGGGGUCUUGCCUUCGGACCCAGACCUCCAAGAUCAGCUGCAGCGUCUCGCCCAGCCGGAUCACCACCAAAAGGAAACAACAGCCUGCUGCUGGCCACCGGCCUGGAGAACGGGGUGAUCAAAAUCUGGAAUGUUUUAUCAGGUGAGGCUGUAUUUGAUCUCCACGGUCAUGAAGGUGUUGUCAGGGACCUGGUCUUCCCUCAGAAUGGGACCCUCACACUCAUAUCCUCGUCCCGGGACAAGACUUUGAGGAUUUGGGACCUAUCUCACAAAGGUAAAAAGGUGCAGGUGCUCUCUGGCCAUAAAGACUGGAUCAGCUGCUGCAGCGUGUCAUCAGACUGCAGCAUGAUCGCUUCGGUUGGCAGAUUUGACAGAAUGGUGUGUCUGUGGAGUCUUCGUUCAUACACGUUCAUGAGGAACCUGUCAGGAGGGAUCCAGAAGUCCUUGUACCUGCUGUCUUCCUGUGACUUCUCUCCUGACGGGGCGCUGCUUGCCACCGCAGCCUUUAGAGGCUCCAGCUGGUGGAUCAACCUGUGGGACCCAUACACUGCAGAGAAACUGGCCACUCUGGUUGACUACUUUGAAGACUAUGGGCAAAAUCAAAUCUCUGCCUUACAGUUCUCCCCCAAUGGUUUGCAUUUAGCCAUCGUGACCGAUGACAGAGCUCUUCGGAUUUGGGAGCCUGGAAAAAGAGGGAUGGUGAUGCAGACAAAAGCGGACAGAGACUCUAAUGGACUCUGCUGCAAGUACCAUCCACAAGGAGGAGUGGUUGCGACAGGAACCAGAGACGGCCACGUGAGAUUCUGGAGCACUCCGAGGACAGUGCCCACCUUGCGCCACCUGUGCAGAUCCAUCCUGCGUGACUCAGUGUCCACACACCAGAUGGAGCCACUGCCUCUCCCCAAGAGGAUCCUCGAGUACCUUACCUAUAGGAACAUCCCGGACCACCUCAAAGCAUGUUACUCCUCUGAUGAAGAGGAAUGGGAGGGUUAAAUAGGAGCACUAACUCAAUAUAACCACUGACAUUUACAGCUAAUGAUUGUUAUGUCUCAUUAUUAAGAGGAAAGCCUUCAUUGUUUGCUGAAAUGCUUUUGAAGCUCGAUUUGGCACAAGGAGCAAAUCUUUUUAUCUAAUUCCUACAUUAAGGAUUUAAUUUUUGCACUACUACUGUAAGAUAAUGCAACUCAGCCUUCACAUGCUUGACUUGUAUAUCACAAUUUUAUACUCUUAAUUUAUUGUGUAAAUAUAGUGUAUGUAUUUCUAAUCACUGUGUUUAUCGUGAAGCAGCACAUGCAUUACUACUGAUUCAGCACAUUCUAAUUGUAAAUAUAUGAUAACAAAAACUGGACUUAUAGGAAAUAGUUUUAUUAAACAGAUACAAAAAACG